GGGAUAAGGGCCCUCCCCGAGCGGCGCGCCCGCUCUUCGUCCGCCGCCUCCCGCAGCCGUCGGCCAGGGUCAGGGACGGGGGCCGGGCGGGCGCGCAGGGGGGUGCUCGCGGCGCCCCGGCUCGGCCAUGGUGCAGGCCUGGUACAUGGACGAGUCCGCCGACGACCCGAGGCGGCCCCACCGCGCCGAGCCCAGCCGCCCGGUUGGCCUGGAGCAGCUGCGCCGGCUCGGGGUGCUUUAUUGGAAGUUGGAUGCUGACAAAUAUGAGAAUGAUCCAGAAUUAGAAAAGAUCCGAAAAGAGAGAAACUACUGCUGGAUGGACAUAAUAACCAUAUGCAAGGAUAAACUGCCAAAUUAUGAAGACAAGAUUAAGGUGUUCUACGAGGAGCACCUGCACCUGGAUGACGAGAUCCGCUACAUCCUGGACGGCAGCGGCUACUUCGACGUGCGGGACAAAGAGGACCGGUGGAUCCGCAUCUUCAUGGAGAAGGGGGACAUGAUAACCCUACCCGCCGGCAUCUACCACCGCUUCUCGCUGGACGAGCAGAACUACGUGAAGGCCAUGCGGCUGUUUGUGGGCGACCCUGUGUGGACGGCGUACAACCGGCCCGCCGACCACUUCGAGGCCCGGGGCCGGUACCUGGAGUUUCUGGCUCAGACAGUGUAGCGGCGCUCAGGGGCCAGGCCGCCUUCGCCUGGUCCCGAAUCCCAGCAGAGAGUCUGUCCUCCUCCUCUUCCGCCGUAGAUGUGGGGCCGGGUGAGCUUUCCUUGGCAGGACUGUCCGAUCGGUGUGUUUAAUGAAGGGAGCUUCAUUAUAAAAGUGAUUUUUACGUGGCAGCAACUCUGGGACGGUGGACAAGCCACGUUCACUUCCCCUAAUUCAAGGUCAGCCUGAAUGAGGGUCCCCUCCCUUCUCCUCCCCCAAUGGGUGAGCCCGGGCUGCUCCAUCCCACCGGCUCUGGGCCUGUAAGCAGACGUCUGCCCGCGCGGUGCCUGCCUCGUGAGAACGUGUCACAGGAGAGGACAGGACCGGCCAGAUAGACGACACUCGUCUCCCACAACUGGGUGGGGAGUGCUGUCGGGGCUGAGCUGUCCUGUGAGUGGAGGGAUACUCGGAGCUGCUGAUGCCACUUUCUUGCUCAAAAUUCAGUAGCUCCCCUAAUCUUACACUCGUGGCUGGUGGUCCUUAAUCAUCACGGUCAUGGUUGCUCGUACGUGUAUAUAACAAAUUUCUAUUGUAUCUGCAUUAGCAUUUAGUCACGGAGAUUUCUGGGUUGAUUUGCCUGUUAACUCUUCUAAAAGCAAAUUUUGACUUUAAUAGGAAAACUACUGCAUUAUCUUUUACCUCAAUAAUUUUGAGAUACAGCUUUGCCUAAUUUGUUAUAAUAAUAGAAAAAUCCCAAAUCAACUUCAUGUUUUGACGGGCAGAUCGUUUUAAGGAUUUUUUAAACUGAAUUAAAAAUCUUCGUAUUAAAA